GGGCUUUCUGUUACUUUGCAAUUGAUUGGCCCUAAUCUUACCAUACAUUCUGGAGCGAACAAAGGGUAUAAGUAUUGCCAAGAUUAUUCAGAUCAACAUUUUCAUGCCCUCAUCGAGCUAUCAAAAGCUAGAUUUAAUAUUACGACUUUCUGCUAGGAUUUAAGCAAAUAUGAAGCUGGCCUUCGCAAAUCUUCUUGCUUUCGUUACCGUUUCCAUGGUGCUGGUCACCUUUGGCUCGCAACAAGUUUCAGCCUUAGAGGAUGGAGAGAUGUACGUCAAACGUAAUUUUGACCGCCCUGGUAAACCAGCGAAUUCUGGUAUUCCAGCAGGACCUAGAAAUAAAGGUGCAGGGGGUGCAGUAGGAGCUGGAGCUGGCAGCAGACGUCCCGCAACAGCAGCUGGGGGAGCAGGUGGAGCUAAGCCUCGUACUCAGACACCCGGUGCUGGUGCUGGUGCUGGUUCAGGCAAAGGAAAGGGCGCCGGUGGGAUUGCUGGUGGCGGUGGUGCAAGAACGGGUCGUGGUGCAGGUGCAGGUGCAGGUGUAGGCGGUAAACGUAGAAGAAUGGCCAAACGUCAAUUGAAAAUGGAUAGUGGCUAUGAAAAACGUUAUUUGAACGCAGAAAUCGAUGAUCAAAAUCAAUUGGAAAAACGUGAUCCUAAAAAUCCAAACGGCAUGCAUCCUAUCAAGCGCGAUAAUAUUCAUACAGUAAAUUUAGUCAAAAGUGAGCCUCGCGGUCCACCACGACGACCAGCUAGAAACGGAAUGGUAAAGCGCAAAAUUGGACUGGAAGGAAGAUCAUUCUUGGUCAAACGUAAUCACGGGAUGCCUCAUGGAAUGGCCGGUCCUCACGCAAUGGCUGGCCAUCCUGCAAUGCAUGCACCCGCCGGAGGUGUUGGAAUGGAGAAGCGUGAAGUAAAUUUGCGAACAAGUCAAAACGAUCUCAUCAAACGCUCUCCUGAGCCAAACAAAGGACCUCGCGCUCCUGGUGGUCGUAAACCAGGUGCGGGUCCAAAAGGAAUGGGUAUGAUGAAGCGUGAAGUAGAUUUGCUAACAAAUCAAAACGAUCUCAUCAAACGCUCUCCUGAGCCAAACAAAGGACCUCGCGCUCCUGGUGGUCGUCGUGUAGGCCCAAAAGGAAUGGUUAUAAGGAAACGUAGCUUAGGUGGCAAGGAGCGCUUUAGUUCUAAUGGCCCUCGUUAUAGCAAACGUUCAAACGAUCAAGCUCUUUAAUUUUCUGAAUGUUACCUGCAUGAUGCUUACAGCACUCUUUUU